AUGACUGCCUGUGGGGCAGUGGGUAGGCGACGCAGCCUCGGAAUCGAGUCCAUAGAAGAUCCUGCCGGGGAGGAUACCACUGUGCCACCACUGCAGAGCUUCCGGGACCUGAAGGAUACUCUACCUGAGUGGCUGCUGCAGGCGUUGCAGAACCAGCCGCCCAGCCCGCUUCAGGCACAGCUGCUUCCCAUCGUGCUGGCAGGCUCAAACGCCGUUGCUGUGGCGAGCGACAUCCCUGCUGGCCAGGAGGCUCUUUCCUACUUGGUGAUGGCGGCCCUGCAGGCCGGCGACCAGCACAAGCUCAGCGAGGAGGAGCCAGGCCCCGUCGCCCUGGUCCUCACAGCGACACAGGACUCUGCAGCCUCUGUCGUGACCUGUGCCAUGGGCUUGCUCCGGUCAUCAGGCCGUGGUGGGAAGACUUUGCGUGCUGUGAACCUAUCAGGUGGUGGUUCGCGUGCCGACAAACUGCGCGAGAUGACAUCGUGUGGAUCGCACAUCGUCAUUGGCACACCGAAAAGGAUCCACGACCUUGCCAGCAAAUACCAGGUGUGCCUUCUCAGGGUGACGCUUCUUGUGCUGGAUGGCGUGGACCGCAUGAGAAGUCUGGACCAUCUUCCGGAGGAUCCUGAUGCCGUGAUCGAUUUCUGCUCACAGCGGCAGCUUUAUGCAAGCCCGAAGUACACACCCCGACGUGGCACGAUCAAUCCAUCCCUCCCUCACGUUGCAAGGCGAGCCCAGGCAUCAGCAAAUGGAAAGAGGCUCUUCGUUUCCGGCAUCGCCGGUGGCGUGAUGAAGACCGAUCUUCAGCGCGAGUUUGGCGAGUUUGGUCAUGUCACGGACAUCGAGCUGCCCUUGACUGCAAAGGGUGUUGCAUUCGUAGAGUUUGACAGCGCUUUGGAUGCUGCCGACGCGCCGCGGGCAGAGAGGGGUGACCGGCCGCAAGCUGAAAGGGAUGGUGCUGAAGGUGAAGAUGGUGGCCGACUGAGACACACCUCCAGUCCACCAGAUCAAAGCUGGUGUGGCUGGUGGAUGCUGGUGGCCCAGGACGUGAAGCCCAGCGCCCAGAAGAUGCAAGAGGACGAGCCACCGCGGCGCGCGCGGAGCCCUGAGCGCUCGGAUACUCGAAAAAGACAGGAGCCCCAUCGAGCUUAA